UGUUGGCGUUUCCUGUCUUGGUAGUUUGAGGCUUUUACAUUGUACGCCAUUUAAACUGUAAUAAAUGAUGAAUCGGUAGAAGCAUGGUGUGUUAAUCCUAGCGGAAAAGUAGUAGUUUAUGUUGCGGUAACGAUUUGAACUAAAACCUACAAGGGUCCACUGUGGGCUACAGUCGUGAAGAAGCCGCCAUUAAAAGUGUGGCGGAAACCCUCGGCUUGAUUUGGCAGUUUUCCUAACCGCGGCGCUCAGCGUCGACAUUGUGUGCCACACUCAAUAUGUCCGCCAGGAAGGUCCACAUUUUCUCAGUAGGAAUGCGGUAGGCGGGGCUGCUAGGCUAGUGUCAAACUUUGGGAAUGACAGGAGUGCUGCAGGAUUCGCAAAGAAGGGGAAGUGUCGCUCUUGUUGGUCCUGUUUGGAUUACUUUGACUAAUUUUUACGCUCGCUUUUUGGAUUCACCACCUUUCUACAUACAGAGAGUCCUGCUCCAGCAGAUCCCUCAGCCAUGUCGGAGGACCUGAGCUCCCAACCCUGGUCCAUCAACAAAGAUGAUUAUGAGCUACACGAGGUGAUUGGGAGUGGGGCAACAGCGGUGGUUCAAGCAGCCUACUGUAUACCACGCAAGGAGAAGGUGGCCAUUAAACGCAUCAACCUGGAGAAGUGCCAGACUAGCAUGGACGAACUCCUGAAAGAGAUUCAGGCCAUGAGCCAGUGCCACCACCCCAACAUUGUGUCUUACUACACCUCCUUUGUGGUAAAGGAUGAGCUGUGGCUGGUUAUGAAACUGCUCAGUGGCGGCUCAGUGCUGGAUGUGAUCAAGCAUAUCAUCUCACGAGGAGAGCACAAGACAGGCGUACUGGACGAGGCCAGCAUAGCCACUGUGUUGAAAGAUGUUCUUGAGGGCCUGGAGUACCUACACAAGAAUGGACAGAUCCACAGAGAUCUUAAGGCUGGAAAUAUUCUCCUCGGGGAUGAUGGUUCAGUGCAGAUUGCAGACUUCGGCGUCAGUGCCUUUCUAGCCACAGGAGGUGACAUCACUCGAAAUAAAGUGCGCAAGACUUUUGUGGGAACACCAUGCUGGAUGGCCCCAGAGGUUAUGGAGCAGGUGAGGGGUUAUGAUUUCAAAGCGGAUAUUUGGAGUUUUGGGAUCACGGCCAUUGAGCUCGCCACAGGAGCUGCACCUUAUCACAAAUACCCACCGAUGAAGGUCUUAAUGCUGACGCUGCAGAAUGACCCUCCGAGUCUGGAGACCGGCGUCACAGACAAGGAGAUGGUAAAGAAAUACGGCAAGUCCUUCAGGAAGAUGAUCUCACUGUGUCUACAGAAGGACCCUGAGAAAAGGCCAACAUCCUCAGAGCUGUUGAAGCAUAAAUUCUUUCAGAAGGCAAAGAACCAUGAGUAUUUACACGAGAAGUUGCUUCAGAGGGCGCCAACAAUAACAGAGAGGUCAAAAAAGGUACGUCGAGUGCCAGGCUCCAGUGGCCGGCUGCAUAAAACAGAGGACGGCGAAUGGGAAUGGAGUGAUGAUGAGCUUGAUGAAGAAAGCGAAGAAGGCAAAGCAGCUGCUGCAGCCAUAAGGUCACCAAGAGUGAAGGAAGGAUCACAGAAUUCAGAGGUUUUCCAGACUCCUGAGCCUUUCAGUAGUCAUCUCCAGCCUAUGCCCGCUGGUCUAGCUGAACUACCUCAGGCUGCAGGUCAAGCUCCACUGCAGCCCACACCAGUCACUGCUCAAUCUACUGCCCAGGCUGCAUCUCCCACACCAGGAGUACCUGCUGCUGCUGCUGCUGUUCCCCCUCAGAUUCCAGCUCCCUCAGGGGAGUCUACAGCUCCAAUUAGUUUGGUAUUAAGGUUAAGAAAUUCAAAGAAGGAGUUAAACGACAUCCGCUUUGAAUUCAUGCCAGGGAGAGACACAGCAGAUGGUGUGUCUCAGGAACUGGUGUCAGCAGGCCUGGUGGACGGGAGGGACUUAGUAAUAGUCGCCGCAAAUUUGCAGAAAAUAGUCGAUGAACCUCAAACCCAUAAAAAUGUCACUUUCAAACUGGCUUCUGGAACCGAGGGAUCUGAAAUACCAGAUGAUGUCAAGUUGAUGGGCUUUGCUCAGCUCAGCAUUAGUUAGACUGAUGAUCUAUCUGGAACCGUGACUUGCCUAAAAAAUGUGAAAUA